CCUGCCCCCCCAGUCGCUCACUCCAGGAACCCUUCUCGAGAGGUGCUGCCUUUGCCAUCUGUGACGCUCCCUCUCCGGCCAUGUCCAGCUCCAUUCCUGGCAAUCGGGAUCUCCCUCCCUCUCAGUAUGACCUGAGUACAUACUGGGGCCGUGUGCGACACUCGGCUGACAUCGCCGAUCCGAGGAUGUUAUUCAUUUCCUCGUCGGGGCUGGACAGUGCGAAGCAGCUCAUUUCCUCGUAUAAGCAGAGCCACAUUCCCGCUAUGACACCCGAGUUGUGGCGUGCGAAGAAGGUCGUCGAUUCCACACUGCACCCAGACACCGGCGAACCGGUUUUCCUUCCCUUCCGCAUGUCCUGCUACGUUAUGACCAACCUCGUGGUGACAGCCGGCAUGCUUACCCCCGGGCUGCAGACCACUGGUACACUUCUUUGGCAGAUUGCAAACCAGUCGCUGAACGUUGCCGUCAACAACGCAAAUGCGAACAAGUCCACCCCUUUGUCCUACUCCCAGAUGGCCAAGUCAUACCUGAUGGCCGUGUCGGCAUCGUGCUCGGUGGCACUGGGUCUGAACGCUCUCGUGCCCCGUCUGAAGGGUUUGUCGCCCAGCACUAAACUCAUGCUCGGCCGACUGGUACCCUUCGCUGCCGUGUCCAGCGCCAGCGCCCUGAACGUGUUCCUCAUGCGUGGUGAGGAGAUCCGCCAGGGUAUCGACGUCUACCCGGUUUUGUCGGAGGCUGAGAAGAAGAAGCGGGAGGAGACCGGCGAGCCGAUCCAGAGCUUGGGUAAGAGCAAGAAGGCGGCCACCAUCGCCGUGGGUGAGACUGCGGUCAGUCGUGUGCUGAACGCGACCCCGAUCAUGGUCUUGCCACCGUUGGUUCUGCUCCGGUUGGAGAAGACGGCGUGGCUCAAGGCUCGGCCCCGUAUGGUGCUUCCUCUAAACCUGGGAUUGAUCUUUGCUACAUCCCUGUUUGCCCUGCCGUUGGCGUUGGGAGCCUUCCCGCAGCGCCAGGCUAUCAGUGCGCAGUCUUUAGAGGAGGAGUUCUGGCAGAAGGGUGGCAAGGACGGGAUGGUUGAGUUCAACCGGGGGAUGUAAAGCUCCCCCGAUUUAGUUUGCAUGGUUGACGUUUGGGACACAGCUUUGUUUAAUUUCAUUUCUUCCGUUUCUAUUACCCUUUUGAUGUUGGCGCAUCAUGGACAGGAAAGGUUCAGUCCGUAUAUACAGGCUAUGGAUAGAUUACAUAGAUAUCUUACUCUCUUAUUGAACGGUUUAUAGAGUUACAGCUACUCUGUAUGCC